UUACCAGAAGCUCUGCUAUAAUCUAGGAUUAUGGACAAACACAGGAAGCCAAGUUAUGAUCAGAAAAUCAUUUGGAGAGUAUGGAAUCAGAUGAUGGAAAGUUUCUCCAAAGGAUUCACUAUAUAAAGGGAGUAAUAUACAGGGUUUUUUGUUUUGUUUUGUUUUGUUUUGUUUUCUUGGCAAAGACAUCUACCUCUCCAUGCUUCACUAGGUUAUGCCAAUGUUUAUUACUAGGUUUACUUAAUCCUAGUUCUUAAUCUUAAUCCUAAUCUUGAGUUCAUACUUUAGGUAAUGGGAAGACACUGAAGGACUUUAGGAAGAGGCAGGAUAUAAUUAGAUCUGUGUUUCUGCAAAUGACUGGUGGUGCUGUAGAAGUUGGAUUAGAAGGAAUAGUAGCUGGAAGCUAGGAAAACAUUUAGGAAGCAUUUCCAGUAGUCCAGAUUAUGAGUAAUGAUGAAUGUAUUACAAUAAAGAGGAAAGAACUGAAACAAUUAGGGAUUGAUUAGAUCCACCCUGUUCUUAGUCAGGUACCCACUAACUGCUCAUCUGAUUUUUCUGUAUCACGUAUUUACUUACGUAUUUACUUUCUAUAUCAAGAAUGCUUCUUAAGGGAGUUUAGAUUUGUCCAGAAUGCACAAGAUAAAGACUUCUGUCUUUGACACUAUCCAAAGUUUGACCCUUUAGGUCUGUGACUUGCAUUUUAUCAUAGAAAUACUUGAUUUAAUAAAUUCACAUCAGUUUAAACAGAAGAGGGUUUGCCCAGGAAUGGAGCAAGCAAUGUGGCUGCACUUCUUUAAAAUACAAAGCAAAGGAAAAGAGUGUUUUGCCUUUGUAAAACAAUCAAGUUCCCAGUUUCAUGGAAAUUACUUUUUUUGCUUCAGGAUGGGUUAGUUUCAUUUUGAAACCUGAUAGAAUUCUCCUUUGAGAAGAGAUAAAAUACUCUUGGCAAGCAUUGUUCUUGUAUUAAGUGUCUUUAAAAAUUGAAUGAAUGCCAAGCUAUUUACACUGAUACAUGUUCACUCCUUAGUGCAAUUGACACUUGAAGUUGGUAAAAGUUUUUGUAACUGCCUUUGAAAGCUGUUAUGGUAGCUUAUUCUUUCAAGGAAAAAUUGCAUUUGGAUACAUAUAAGCAGAUGUGACAACACAAAUUUAUUUUUGGAAGAUAAAUCCAAGUUUCUUAAUUGUUUGAAUUUCCUUAAAUUCAACCUUUUUACAUUUCUGUUCUUUAGGUCUGCCAAAAUGUCUGAAAGAUCAGAUCUCCUUCACUUCAAGUUUGAAAAUUAUGGAGAUUCAAUGUUACAAAAAAUGAACAAAUUAAGAGAAGAGAAUAAAUUUUGUGAUGUUACAGUUCUCAUAGAUGAUAUUGAGGUACAGGGGCAUAAAAUUGUAUUUGCUGCAGGUUCCCCCUUCUUGAGAGACCAGUUUUUACUGAAUGAUUCCAGAGAGGUGAAAAUCUCCAUAUUACAGAGUUCGGAAGUGGGGAGACAAUUGCUCUUAUCCUGUUAUAGUGGUGUGCUGGAAUUCCCUGAGAUGGAACUGGUAAAUUACUUGACUGCUGCAAGUUUUCUUCAGAUGAGCCACAUUGUAGAACGAUGCACGCAGGCCCUGUGGAAGUUUAUAAAGCCAAAACAGCCAAUGGAUAGUAAAGAGGGAUGUGAACAGCAGAGUGCUUCUCCCCAGUCAAAAGAACAACAGGGAGAUGCCAGAGGCUCCCCAAAGCAGGACUCACCUUGUAUUCAUCCAUCUGAAGACAGUUUGGAUAUGGAGGACAGUGAUAUUCAGAUUGUUAAGGUAGAAUCUAUUGGGGAUGUCUCAGAGGUUAGAAGUAAAAAAGAUCAGAACCAGUUUAUUUCUUCUGAACCCACUGCUUUACAUUCAUCAGAGCCCCAGCACUCCCUGAUAAAUUCAACUGUGGAAAACAGAGUAAGUGAAAUAGAACAAAAUCAUCUCCACAAUUAUGCCCUUUCUUAUGCAGGCAGUGAUAACAUCAUCAUGGCCUCAAAAGAUGUCUUUGGGCCUAAUAUCCGAGGUGUAGACAAAGGCCUACAGUGGCAUCACCAGUGCCCAAAAUGUACCAGGGUGUUUCGUCACCUGGAGAACUACGCCAACCAUUUAAAAAUGCACAAACUCUUUAUGUGUCUACUCUGCGGCAAGACUUUUACUCAGAAAGGCAACCUUCAUCGACACAUGCGUGUGCAUGCCGGCAUUAAACCUUUCCAGUGUAAGAUCUGUGGGAAAACCUUUUCUCAGAAGUGUUCCUUACAGGAUCAUCUUAACCUUCACAGUGGAGAUAAGCCCCAUAAGUGUAACUAUUGUGAUAUGGUUUUUGCACAUAAGCCAGUUUUAAGGAAACACCUUAAACAACUGCAUGGUAAAAACAGCUUUGAUAAUGCCAAUGAAAGAAAUGUGCAAGAUCUCACAGUGGAUUUUGAUUCUUUUGCUUGUACAACAGUCACAGACUCUAAAGGUUGUCAGUCACAGUCUGAUGCAGCACAGGUCCUGGAUGCAGGUAAACUAGCCCAAGCAGUCCUGAACUUAAGGAAUGACAGUGCUUGUGUGACUUGAACAGGGGCUUCAUGCUCAGAAUUAGAACUGACUGAGAAUGGGGCAAUAGCCUUGAGUCUUUGUAGGAGUGAUUUUGCUAGUUUGACUUCUCCAAAGCCUCUGUGCAGUUGUAGGGGCUGAAUCAAAGCACUAAUAGAUCAGGCAGUUUACCACUUGGAGUGAUCUUGCCUUCCUUUUUCCCUCUCCCAUUUUCUGUUUUGAAUUGUUUAUGCUUUUGUGUCUGUUUUCAUUUCCCAAGGGAGUAUGCCAUUUGUUUACCUAUCAUUGACUUGUAUCUCAUACUGACACUAUUCAAGGCUUUUCACCGGGCACAUUCUGAAGGUACAAACAAGAUAAUAGCAUCGUCUACUCAACACUAAAAGAUGCUAUGCUAAGUGCAUAGUAUGUUUCUUUGGCAGAAAAUAGGCUGAAAUAUAAAUAUUGCUGUUGACCUGAAUACAUGAUAGAACUUCUGGUUGCCUAUUGAUAAUUCAUCUGUGUCUGAUAAAUGAAUGAAUCUGCUUCCUACCAUCUGCACUUGUGUUGGAACUGGUUUAAAAAAAAGUAUUUUGGUUUGUUUGGUACUCUUUUCAACAGUAUUAUGGCCAACUUCAUGUCAUUGAAUUGUUUAGCAACACCUGCAGACAAAUAUUUAGGGAUCACCCUAAGGACCAUAGUCAUAAAAAUACAAACAACAGAACUAUGGUUAUUCAGUAACACUUAACAUGGAAAUGUUUUCCUGGCCAUCCCACUAAGAGGUGGCCAGAUAAUUUUAAGUAAUGUGUAAUAUAUUUAUGAUGUUUUUGAAGUCAAGAUUGCUCUAGGCACACUUAAAAUGUGCAGAAGUAUAAUAGUCUUUCUAAAAAGGGGCUACUUGGUAGUCUUUGGACUUCACUUCAGAGGUUAGCCAUGAGUUUAUCCAUCAGUUUUUAUACAUUGUAUUAUGAGAGUCUCUGAAUUCUCAUUCUUAGCAUACCUUCAUUUCUAAAAUGGAUGAAUAAAGUUAAGUGGAUCAGAGAGGAGCAAUAGGAAUUUUUGUGUUCAGAUUUUCCUCUUGAAGAUAUACAGUCCCACCUUGCAAUCUCUUAGUGAUAGAUCAUUAAUACGAAGUUGAUCUUCCAAUAUGGAAAAAUCAAGCAACUAUUUUUCCUAAAGCAUGUGUUAUAGUUAAGAAAAAUACUUUUCAGCCUUACUUGUUUUUGACCCAUGAGUUAGGUUUAAGUAUGAAGAGUGCUAGGGUCCUCAGAGAACCUUCAGAGGUCAUUUCUCCACCUUCUUCAUUGAGGCAUCCAUAGCCCAAAAAGGUGACCUCACCAAGGUUGCCCAAGGUAGAUGAGUGACUAAAUAUGAGCUAAUGUCUCUUCAUUUCCUCCCACUAUCCCCAGCCUUAAAAAGAUCUAGUACAUUAUCAAAAAUAAUAUACUAGCAAAAAGCUCCCAGCUUUGUGUUCCACCUUUGUGUAUCCCUGUUGGCUCUCUAAUACAGCCUAGACUUUACCAUCAAGUAUCACAAAGGGAUUUAUUUGUUGGUUAAUUGAUUUCUGGAUAGAGUGAGUUAGCAUGUGACUGAUUUGCUGGGUGUUGGUUAGGGAGGGAAAGGACAUUAAUGGCAAGUAAGAAUAAUGUGAAAAGGAUCCAAAUGUGAAACUGAUUUUGUCUGGAAACAGUAUUUAGUUCUCCGUCAAGUUUUUCUGUUGCAGUUUUAAACUGAGAGUGCAUGCGUAGAUAAACCAAAAAUUAGGCUUCACUUGUGUAGUAGGAUGGAAUUUUUGAAGUUGUUAUAAUUUGAUGCAUUUGCAUGUGAAUCUGAUUUGAGGCAUAGUUUCUUUCAUUCUUUCAAAGAUUUAAAAUGAGAAUACCAUUGAGUGAUAAGUCCUUAUGCUUAAGGACACUCAUUAUUUGCUCUAAUGAUGCUUCCUAGCAUUCUCAUUUUUAAAUGAUCCAGCCAAAGAGUACCAGAGCACCAGUUCUAUGCAACAUAUCAAGCAAUGUUUUUGGUAUUUUCUGAGAACAUCAUUGCAUCACAGGGAAAUUUCAAUUUGGAGUGCUUCUUUUGCUAACAUUCAUGUCCGGUUUUUGUUACUGGUUUGAAGACUGACAAGUGUGGGUUCCAAUAAGUUGGUCUCUUUGGUUGGAGACUGUUUCUUGGUUCAUUCAGUCAUUUAAGAAAUAUUUACGAAGCACCUACUAUUGUCAGGUACUAUGCUAAACACUAGGGAUAUGAAGGUAAGAUUGAUAUAGUCCUUGUACCUAUGGAGUUCAUAAUCUCAUGUGAGACAGGACUCAAUUUGAUUUUAUACUAGGAAUAAUAAAGAAAAUUGCCUUGCUUUCUUUGAUCAUUUUAAAAGAUCACCUUGAUGGUUUUGUCUCCGAAAAAUGUUUAGUUCUCACAUUUUCCAAAUAAAAAUCACUGAAGUGAUUUACCGUCUCCUCCAUUUCUUGGCUGGAGAGGUGUUCUUAGUUUCUGUGAGACGUUUUCUUAAUUUUGAUAGGGCUUGGCUUUUUUCCUGUUUUUACAUGUUUCUUACAUUGUAUUGCAAAAUAGUUAAAUUACUGAUAUCAAAUAUGUUUUAUAGGAGAAAAUGACUUCUAAAACUAGUCAGAUUCUUGUAGAGGAGGAGAAUUUUUGAAACUUUAGUUAUCACCAUUUGUCUUUUAUGGAUCCCAGGAUAACUAAAAAAGAUAGACGACUUUCUUUACCAUAGUUUGGUUUAAAAACAAAUUACUGUGCCACAGUUAUUUAUUUAUUAUUUAAUCUUAAAGACAAACUCCAAACUGGCUUUGAGGUAAAUCAGAUGUGGUUUUCAUUUGUAUUUGUUUCUUUAUUAGAUCUAUAAAUCGGGGGUGAUCAGUAUCACUGCUUCGAAAAUACUGUCCUAAACAAACAACCCAGAACAUCUUAUUUCAGUGAUGAAUAGCUGUUCUAAAUCUGUUGUAUGUUAGACAUACUAUGAACUACCUCUUCACUUAUUAUGGGGAAGUUUCCAUAAUAAAAGUGUGACAAUUA